AUGGUCACGUCACUAAAAUAUAAACGACGUGGUUUUGGAGCUGCAUUUUUCAUUGUCAACAUCUUAUCUACUCUCCUAUCUCCACACUGCAUAUCUGGCGCGCAUGAUCAUCAACUAAAGAGGAAGGUUUCGGUUAUUGGUUCAGAGCCUCCUGCGUGUGGAAACAAAUGCCUGAAUUGCAAGCCUUGCCUUCCUUAUCUAGUACUUGACAUUCAUGGUGCUCAUGAUGAUGAUGAUGAUAGUGAACCAUACUAUCCUGUAAGGUGGAUGUGUAGAUGUCGAGAAAAGAUAUUUGGACCUCAAGAUUAG